AUGCUCAGGCCCAAGGUGACAGCUACGAGAGAAGUUGUUUGCUUGGAUGGAAUUUGGAAUUUCAGCCUCGUGCUCGACAGUUCAGUCGAGGAAUGGAGCAAGGUUCUCCCGGCAGGAACUCAAAUCCCAGUACCCGCGAGCUACAACGAUAUCUUGCUCGGUCAAGGCAUACGAGAGCAUGUCGGCUGGGUUAAGUACCAGCGCCUUGUUAGGGUUCCCAGAGGUUGGUCUCCAGACCAUUACUUCAUUCGCUGCGAUGCAGCAACACACAGAGGGCGCAUCUACGUCAACGACGAUCUCGUCGCGGAUCACCAAGGCGGCUAUACUCCCUUUGAGGCUGAUAUAACAAAGUUGGUUAAGGCAGGGGAGGAAUUUCGUCUCACAAUUGCUGUCUGUAACGAGCUCAGCAAUGAGACUAUUCCGCCCGGGAGUAUUGAGGUCCUGGCCAACGGGAAACGACAACAGAGAUAUCUUCACGAUUUCUUCAAUUAUUCGGGCCUCUCCCGUUCAGUAUGGCUGCAUAGCGUGCCAGCGCAAUAUGUCCAGGAUAUAACUGUCAUUACGGAGGUUGCUGGCAAAGGGUCCCUAGGUAUCGUAAACUAUGAAACAAAAACCCAUAUGGAUACUGAAACCCAAGUCCGAGUAACGGUGGCGGACGAGAUGGGUGUGGUCGCAGGGCGAGCUACGGGGCCGUGUGGUACAGUCAACAUUGAGUCCGUGCGUCUCUGGCAACCUGGAGAUGCUUAUCUGUAUAAGUUGACAAUCUCCUUGCACCAACCGGAUGAAGUUGUGGUAGAUGAGUAUCACAUCAACGUAGGAGUACGCACAGUGAAUGUGCAAGGAUCCCAAUUCCUCAUCAACAACACACCAUUCUAUUUCACCGGCUUCGGCAAACAUGAAGAUACUCCUAUACGCGGCAAAGGCCACGACCCGGCUUAUAUGGUGCAUGACUUCCAACUCUUGGACUGGAUCGGCGCGAACUCCUUCCGUACGUCGCACUACCCUUAUGCAGAAGAAGUCUACGAAUUUGCUGAUCGACAUGGAAUCGUCGUUAUCGACGAGACCGCAGCUGUAGGGCUCAACCUGGGUAUCGCAUCUGGCUUGUUCGGCAAGAAGGCACCUCCAACCUGGUCACCCGAAACUAUGAAUGAGAACACAAGAGCUUCCCACGCCCAAAAUAUCCACGAGCUCAUAUCGCGCGACAAAAAUCACGCUUCCGUGGUCAUGUGGUGCAUCGCCAACGAGCCGGCUUCCCAUGAACAGGGCGCGCGCGAAUACUUCGCACCCCUAGUUGAUUUGACUCGCAGCCUCGAUCCUACACGGCCCGUUUGCUUCACUAACUUUGUCAUGGCAACCUCGGAGCAAGACCUGAUCUCUGAUCUCUUCGACGUCCUUUGCUUGAACCGGUAUUACGGUUGGUACGAGUACACUGGUGACAUGGAGAUGGCUGAACAGGAGCUUGAAACAGACCUCCGGAGCUGGCAGAUCAAGUAUGGUAAGCCCAUGAUCAUGGCUGAAUACGGGUCCGACACCAUUGCUGGACUGCACAUGACAAAUCCAGGGCCCUGGAGUGAGGAAUUCCAAAAUCAUAUGCUUGAGAGUUAUCAUCGUGUGUUUGAUCGCCUCGAGUGUGUGGUCGGUGAGCAAGUUUGGAGCUUUUCGGAUUUCCAAACCAGCGCCAUGGUAUUCAGGGUGGAUGGAAACAAGAAAGGAGUCUUUACGAGGGAUCGGCGGCCGAAACUUGCGGCGCAGACAUUGAGAAAACGGUGGUUGGAGCGAAAGAAUGCCUAG